AUGGUCCGAGAUUUUCCAUGGUUAUUGACUUUUUCCAGGACUGAAGAAUGCUGUUGUUUCUCGAAAUGUGACCUGAAGCAAUGCCACUUGAGCCUUCACGUGUAUGACAAAGACUACAAGCCCACAGUAAGCCCAAGACUUCCACCGGAGAGGCCGAUAUCGCAGGUCCAAGGUCAACUUACCUACCAAGCUGGGCGAUGUGUCUUCCAAGUCACGUCUAUAUCCAACAUCCACUACAAGGAAAAGAAGUCAGACCGAAGUGAGCAAGCCACUGAACGUCGUAAGCCUGACACCGCCUGUUGA